GAGUUGUUUGUAUCCUUUAUUUCUCUUAAAGGAUCCAAGACACGUUACUCACAUUCUCUUGAUAAUAAUAAAUUGACAUUUGUACGAUUUUUGAACUUUCCAGUGUCCCCAAUAUGGAAAACCUUGCUUGCAACUAAGGUUUUUAAAUUUAUUUUCCCAUUUAUUGGGGGUUAAGGGAUAAUUUGAUUACACUAUGCACAAGCAAGCACAUACAUGUAUUGAUUUUUAGCAAUAUCAGACUUUUAGCUGAUUAAUCAUUUAUUUAAAGUAAAAAUUCCUUUUUUUUUUCUUUUGGUUGGGUAUGGAAUUGAUGUAUGCCUUAUGUCUCUCUUCUUCACUUCUUGAUGAUGUUUAAAGGAUUCUUCUACUAGACUCAUAAUUUUGCAACUAUCACUAUCCACCCAUAAGCAUAAUUCCCUCUUCCUAUUUGCUUCAAGUACAAGCCACUCUUAGAUUCAUUACCUAAAGUUAAAAGAGUUAAAAGUAAUAUAUAUCCCCCGUGUAAAACUAUCAGGUCAUUCAACGGAUAUCUACAGAUAAUUCUUACUAAAACGUGAAAUUUGUAAUCUUGAAAAUAAGACAGUUGAUUGUUAUCUGCUGCAAGAAGUAGAGAUGACCUAAUAAUGUAAAAAUUCCUGACGGUGUAUAUAACUUAAACUUAAACUCAACUUUAAUAGUAGAGUCCAAGAAUCAUCUUUAUAUAGUGACCUCUUAGAAUUCUUUUCUUUUGCUAGCUAGCCACCCAAAAACUCUCUUAAAAAAUAUAAAAUAAAAUUAGAACCAUGAAGUGCAAUGAGAUAUCUCAUUUUAGCCACCCUCAACACAAGCUAAGCUAUGAAUACUCAGAAUUUCCAUUCAAAUGUGAUGGUUGCAAGGAAGUAGGCAUAGGGUCACGUUACAAAUGCACAAAUUGUGACUAUGAUUUACAUAUGCAUUGUGCAAUUCCUUCACCUUCAAUUACACAUCCAUUUUACACAAAGUGUUCUUUCCAAUUCCUCUCUCGUCCCCCGGGGAACGUGCCGCGAUACUGCAAUGCUUGUGAGAAGGAUAUUACUGGAUUUUUGUACCAUUGUAGGUCUUGUGGAUUUGAUCUUCAUCCAUGUUGUGCUAAGCUUCCUAUGGUGCUUGAUGAUGGGGAUGUCAAGCUUUACUUGUAUAGAAAGGUAAGUGCAUCAUGCCACAGGUGCGGAAGGAAAGGAAGAAACAAAAGCUGGAGUUACAGAUCAACAUGCAAGAAGUACAAUUUGCACGUGGCAUGUGUCAAAGAGAUGCUUGUUGAUAGUUGGCAUGAAAUCUACUUUGGUCAUGACAAUAAUUAUAAUAAUAGUAAUACUAAUUAUAGAAAAUUGGAAAACAGGAUCCCAAGUCUGAAAGGUACACUUCAAACUCAUCAUAAAAAAAGUAAAGGCAAAGCUCAAAAAUGUUGUGAGGUGGCUGGUUUAGCUCUACAGUUUAUUAUAUCUGCUGUUCUUGGCGACCCUACAACUCUUAUUGCUGGAGUGGUUGGUUCACUAAUGUCAAAAUAAUUCAAAAUUAAAUCAAAUUGAGAUUUUAGUUUCUGGUCAAGUUUGGAGACAUAUUCAGAGGGAGACUUGACUAAGGACAUAAUUAAGGAAGUUGGAGUAAUAAUUGUUAUGAUAUGGGGGGAAACAAAUGGUGGAUGGUAGGAUGGGGAUGGGGGUGUGAUAUUCAACCACUAAUGUAGAAAUUUAUGUAUUUAUUUAUGAAACUUGCAUAUGUUCUAACGUUA